AUGGUUACCGUGUUAUUAAUCAGAUGGGUAUUCAUGGUGUCAUCCUCGUAUCGUCAAUGCAAACCAAUCCCCCAAAUGAUUAUGUUGACCUUCGAUGGUGCUGUCAAUUUGAAUAAUUACGAUCAUUACUUGAAGAUUUUCAACGGCAAACGUAAAAAUCCUAAUGGCUGCAACAUUCGUGGUACCUUCUUCAUGUCACAUGAAUAUAGCAACUACCAACAAAUCCAACAUUUGGGCUAUGCCGGUCAUGAAAUCGCCACCCAAAGUAUUUCACAACAGCAAGGUUUGCAGGAUAAGGGUUAUGAGGAAUGGGUUGGUGAAAUGAUCGGUAUGCGUGAAAUUUUGCGUAACUUCGCCAAUGUAUCGGUUAAUGAAGUUGUUGGUAUGCGUGCACCAUUCUUGAAGCCAGGACGUAAUACACAAUAUAAGGUCUUGGAAGACUUCGGCUACAUCUAUGACAGCUCCAUCACUGUUCCCCCAGUACCUGUUCCCGUUUGGCCCUACACUUUGGACUACAAAAUCUCACAUGAAUGUAAGAGUGGUACCUGCCCAUCCAAGACCUUCCCUGGCGUUUGGGAAGUCCCAUUGAACACCCAUUAUGUUGAAGGUUAUGAAGGUGGUCACUGCCCAUUCUUGGAUCAAUGUGUCCUCCAUAACUUGGAUGAAAAUGAAGUAUUCGAAUGGUUGCAAGAAGAUUUCUCACGUUACUAUGAACAGAAUAAGGCUCCCUAUAUGAUGCCCGUGCACACCAAUUGGUUCCAGACUAAACCUUUGGAAAAUGGCUUGCAUAAAUUCUUGGAUUGGGCUUUGGAACUUCCCGACGUCUAUGUUGUCACCAUCUCUCAAAUGUUGCAAUGGAUGACCGAUCCCAAGGAGACCCGCAAUGUAAAUCAAAUCGAUUCCUGGAAAUGUGAUAAGAAUGUGGCUGUCGCUUCCAAGCCCUGCAACAUUUGGAAUACCUGUGCCCUACCCUUCAAGAUUCCCGAACAAAAUAUCACCGAUACCCGUUAUAUGGAAACCUGUCGCGAAUGCCCCAAUGUCUAUCCAUGGUUGGGUGAUGCUGGCGGUACUGGUAUUCAGGGACGUGAUAGUUACAUUUUCUCAGGACCCGUUCAAGACGCCGAUGGCGAAGAUGUAGAUGAAUAAAUUG